GUCAGACCUGACAUCUAAGUACAAUAUGUGACUCUCAACUGGAUCCUACGUGAAAAAAAAAAAAAAAUCCUACAAAGAACAUUAUUGGGCCAUAGAGAAAAUAAGAAUAUGGACUGUAUGUUAUAUAACAAUACUGUAUCAAUUUUAAGUUUAUUGAAUUUAAUUGCUGUACAGUGUUAAUUAAGAUCAUCUUGUUGUAGAAAACGAAUACUAAGACAAUAAGGAGAAAGAGGCAUGAUGUCCACAAGUUAUUCCCAAGUGACUCAGAGUAAAAAUGAUAAUACAUAAACAUAUUGAGCACAAUGAUAGUGAAAAUGAGUAAAAACACUAAAAAUUGAUGAAUUUGAUAAAGGUUAUAUGGAAGUUCUUGGAACUACACUUGUAACUUUUCUGUAAGUUUCAACUUAUUUCAAAAUCAAAGGUUUUUAACUUCAUGUGAAUAAAAUUAACCGAGCAUUUUCAAAAGCAAAAUUCUACUUACAUGUCCCAAACUCAACAUGGUAUGUUUUUACUACUAUAUUUUAUCUUACAUGAAAAGGAGAGGAUAUUGAAAUCUAUUUCAGCUUUCUAUCACCAAACAUCAAUUCUUCAGGAUUUUUUUGCAGUUAUAGAACCAGAAAAUAAUCUUUCUAACUGACAUUAUAUUUUUUCUUAUUUUUAUAUAUCACACAUAAUGGAAAAUUUAGGCAGGACAUUUCAUUUGCAGGAGAAAUGUUUGUUCUUAGUUUAAUAAGUCAUAAUUUUUUCUGAAAGACCUAAAUCACCUGACUGAUCUUUCUAGCGGUUGAGUCAUUUCACAUACAGAAGAAAUCUCCACAGUCCACAUUUCUAUCACUGGUCAAAUCUCUUGCAAAAGUGUAAAGUAGAUAGAAUGUGAAUGAUUUGAGAAAAUUUAUGCCCACCACUAGAAAACAUGAUGAAUUCUCUAGUAAUGUUUACAAUCAGGAAACUCACUGAACACACAUUUCUUUGUAUUUCCUUCCACACAUAACAAAGGGAAAAUUCAGUAGUAGCAUAGCGAUCAGAACUUAAUAGGUACUUAAUAAAUUUUUGCAAAAUUAAUAGAAACUAACUAGUUAGCUGAUCUAUGCUUCACAUCAGGCAUUUUGCAUUCAACCAGGAAGUCAGAGGCACCAGUGUGAGGCUCAAUCCGUUGCUGAGCACAUUAAUGGUUUCCUCACUCCCACUAGACAAUGUUUGAUUAGAAGGAACAGGGGAUGAAAAGGAGCUGCUGGAUGGUGAUGAGACUGGGAAAGGAAGGCUGGGCGAGCAGAGACAGAAGAGAAACACCCACCUACCGUGACCUCACAAACACCCAGGCUGAGUUUUAAUAAGACAGGUUGAAUCACACUGGGGUGACAGCCUCAUCCUUCCAGAUACAGACAGGAACAGGCCAUGGUUAACCAAAGCGCCACACCAGGCUUCCUCCUUCUGGGCUUCUCUGAACACCCAGGGCUGGAAAGGACUCUUUUCAUGGUUGUCUUCACUUCCUACCUCCUAACCCUAGUGGGCAACACACUCAUCAUCCUGCUGUCUGUGCUGGACCCCAGGCUCCACUCUCCAAUGUACUUUUUCCUCUCCAACCUCUCCUUCUUGGACCUCUGUUUCACCAUGAGUUGUGUUCCCCAGAUGCUGGUCAACCUCUAGGAGCCAAAGAAGACCAUCAUUUUACUGGGCUGCUCUGUCCAGUUCUUCAUCUUUCUGUCCCUGGGGACCACUGAGUGCAAACUCCUGACAGUGAUGGCCUUUGACCACUACAUGGCUAUCUUCAAGCCCCUCCACCAUGCCACCAUCAUCCACCUCUACCUGUGUUGGCAGCUGGCAUCUGUGGCCUGGGUCAUUGGGCUAGUGGAGUCAGUGGUCCAGACACCAUCCACCCUGCGCCUGUCCUUCUGCCCCCAUCGGCAGGUGGAUGAUUUUGUCUGUGAGGUCCCAGCUCUAAUUUGACUCUCCUAUGAAGACACCUCCUACAAUGAGAUCCAGAUGGCUGUUGCCAGUGUCUUCAUCUUGGCUGUGCCCAGCCUCAUCCUUGUCUCUUAUGGAGUCAUUGCCUGGGCAGUGCUAAGGACUAACUGCAAAAGGGCGAGGAAAGCUUUUGGGACCUGCUCCUCCCAUCUCACUGUGGUCACCCUGUUCUACAGCUCAGUCAUUGCUGUCUACCUCCAGCCCAAAAAUCUGUAUGCCCAAGAGAGGAGCAAGUUCUUUGGUCUCUUCUAUGCAGUGGGCACUCCUUCACUUAACCCUCUCAUAUAUGCCCUGAGGAACAAGGAGGUAACCAGGGCAUUCAGGAAAUUGCUGGGGAAGGAAAUGGGGCUCACACAAAGCUGAGGGAGAGCUGCUUAAUGUGCUUUAAAAGAGAGGAGAUUCUAUGUGCUUUUAUCAGAAAGUUUGAGUUCCCUGCCCCUCUGCCUUCCUCACACCCAUUACAUUGUGAGAAUGGAUGAAAGCCACAUGUCUGUGUGUGUGCAUGUAUGUGUGCAAGAGACAGCGUCUGAAAUGUAGUAAAGGGAGGUAUCUUUAUGCGAAAAAUUAUAGGCAUCAAGUAUAAUAUUUUACAUUUUUUUCUAUUUUAAGUCUUCGCCUCCAUAGUCAUGUUCCUACUUUUAUCACUUCCAUUUUUAAUUCCCCUCCCUUGCCAUAUCCCCACUAUUCUUUUUUUUUUUUUUUUUU